AUGUCCUCUUCAGGCUUAUAUUUUACUGUAUUUCCUGUUUGUUUAAAUACUUGUUAUUUCUUUUUAGACUCUGAAAUAAGCCUGCUUGAUUCUUCUCUUUUGGAUCAUCUCGAUCAAAUCGACAUAUCGGAUUUGGAAAACUAUGUUUUUUCGAGUUCACCUAGUUCUUCGCCUAGUUCCUCACCCCCGGUUUUAGAGAGAGCUACAGGCAAGAACAUUCGUCUCUCGACCCGUGAGAGAGAGGCUUUGCUUUCUGCAAGGGUUUGCCCCGCGUCAGCUCCCCAGCGUGCCUCGGGCAAAAACCUGCAUCUGUCUGCCCGGGAGAGGGAACAGCUGAUCGCUGCGCACGCUCACAGUCCCGGCUUCGGAGCUCCAGCUCCCCAGCGUGCCUCGGGCAAAAACCUGCAUCUGUCUGCCCGGGAGAGGGAACAGCUGAUCGCUGCGCACGCUCACAGUCCCGGCUUCGGAGCUCCAGCUCCCCAGCGUGCCUCGGGCAAAAACCUAAAUCUGUCUGCCCGGGAAAGGGAACAGCUGAUCGCUGCGCACGCUCACAGUCCCGGCUUCGGAGCUUCUCCUCCUGUAUCGGGGCCAAGACAUUCACAGCCCCUGCCUCGGAGAUCCAGUCUAGGGCAUCUCAGAAACAGGAGUGGGAGGACCGUUAGGAGGACCCGUAGGCCUGCCAGCACAAGGAGGACAAGGCAGAUACGUGUACGGCGAGACAGACUUGUUUCCAUUGCUCUCCGAUCAGUUUCGUUGAUCGCUGAAAUAGUUCAGCUCAUCUUGUAA